GUUUAUGUCAACUUAAAAGCAAAUCAAUUAAGUCGCGAAAAAUCAUUUGAAGUGUUUCACUACAUCACAAUAAUUCUUUGUGCUCGCGCAAAAUGGCUCGACGAGUGCUGUUCAGUCGCUUGUCGCUUAUUGAACAUAGAGCUUACUUCUCGCAAACAUCACGUUCGUUUCUAUUGCCGCGGCGUGCUGAUAUCAACAUGUUAAGUACCGAAAAGCCAGCACCAGUUGCAGCAAUGCCACAAGGAUUAGCAACGCCAUCAUUGACAUGUAACUUUGCCACACAGAAACCACAAAAACAGCCGGAACCCAGUAUUGAACAGCAAUAUGAGGAAUGUGUUAGUGAUUUGAAUACGCUGCAAUCGAAUGCGACAACGAUACGCCGCUCAAUUUUAUUGAAUAAUAAACAAUUGCCAUUAAGUGAUAUGCACAAGUAUAUGGAGCGAAGUGGCCUGAGUUUGGAAGAAUUGGAGAAGAUACCUUUCAUACACGUGUCUGGCACAAAGGGGAAGGGUUCAACAUGUGCCCUAACCGAAUCUAUACUUCGCGCACAUGGCAUCAAAACCGGCUUCUAUAGUUCACCACACUUGUUGUCAGUAACGGAAAGGCUUCGCCUCAACGGUGAACCCAUAUCGAAACACAAAUUUGUACGCACCUUCAGACGCGUCUACAAUUGCCUGCGUAAACAACAGCAAUAUGAGGGGGAUAUGCCGGCAUAUUUUAAGUUCCUAACGAUACUAAGCUUUCAUCUGUUCCUCGAAGAGAAAGUGCAGGUUGUCAUAAUGGAGGUGGGCAUUGGCGGCGAGUUGGACUGCACAAAUGUGAUAAGAAAUACGCAAACCGUCGGCAUAACCUCACUUGGACUGGAGCACACACAAUUGUUGGGCGAUACGCUUACUGAAAUCGCUUGGCAAAAGUCGGGUAUUAUUAAAGACAACGCUGAUGUUUACACAUCUGUAACACAAAAAGAAUGCCUCGAUGUGAUCAAAAAGCGUGCCGCGGAACAUAAUGCCACGCUACACAUAGCGCCUGAGUAUGCAGAAUACUUCCGUACACCCGAAAAUACAGAGCUACUUUCUAGCCUCAAUGAAGUGAUACGACUUAAUGGCUCUUUGGCCAUACAGCUAGCCUACGAUUGGUUGCGUAAAAAUGGCUACGAACGCUACAAACAAAUUGAGCUUACGCAGCUAAGAAAGGAAGUGGAAAAAGGUUUGCAGCAGUGCAAUUGGCCGGGACGUUGCCAAAUCUUGGGCAUUGAUAAGCUGAAAUUUCACAUUGAUGGUGCGCACACUGUCGAGAGUUUGCGCGUAUGCAGUGAUUGGUUUAAGCGUGUAACGGAAAAGAGCCCGAACCCACGUGUGCUCAUCUUCAAUACCACCGGUGAACGUGAUUCGCGGCGCCUGCUUGAGGUUCUCUACAGCACUAUCGACUUCGAUACGGUUUACUUUGUGCCCAACAUUGCUUCGGGUGCCUCAAACCACAAUGACAAUACUUCGGUCUUUGGCAUAACGGAACAGUUGAAGCGUGCUCGUCUACAUGCGAGCAUUUGGUGUCAGUUAUGCCUUGAGUCAGAUGAAAAGGAUACCUCGAAAACAUUCGGUUCGAUACAUGAUUGUUUUCGAGAUGUGCGCGCCGUUUACGGCAUGCAGCAGCCGAUGGAUGUGCUAGUUACCGGGUCUUUACAUCUAAUUGGUGCCACAAUGGCGGCAUUCAAAUAUUUAUAAAUAAGUUCUGCCUCAAAACGCUUUGAAGAAAUGUACAUAUACCAUAUUGUAAUAAU